AUUGUUGAUCAGUAAAGUCAGCAAUGGCGAUUAGAGGUCCUUUGCUAGUUUUGUUCCUGGCAUUAAUUUGCUUGGUAGCAACCACCCAUGGUGCAAAGCCAAGCCCUCUUGUGCCAUUUAGCCGAAGCAGUUUCCCACCUGGUUUUUUGUUCGGAGCUGGAUCUGCUGCUUAUCAGAUUGAAGGAGCAGCACUGAUUGACGGAAGGGGAUUUAGCAUAUGGGAUAAAUUCACGAGGGAACAUCCAGAAAAGAUUUGGGAUCGCAGCAAUGGAGAUGUAGCAAUUGAUUUUUAUCACAAGUUCAAGGAUGACAUAAAAUUGAUGAAACGUGUUGGUUUGGAUACCUUCAGGCUUUCCUUUUCUUGGAGCAGAAUAUUGCCGAAGGGAAAAGUUAGUCGAGGAGUUAACCCACUGGGUGUUAAGUUCUACAACAACGUCAUCAACGAGCUUCUUCACAAUAGUAUAAAACCCCUUGUGACGUUACUCCAUUAUGAUCCCCCACAAAGUCUCUUUGAUGAGUACGGUGGAUUCCUAAGCUCCAAGAUAGUAGAUGAUUUUGCAGAGUAUGCAGACUUUUGCUUCAAAACAUUUGGUGAUCGAGUGAAAUAUUGGAUAACGAUGAACGAACCAAAUGGGCUGGCUAUUAAUGGUUACACUUUCGGUUCCUUUGCACCCGGUCGAUGUUCUAAAACUCUUGGAAACUGCCCUGGGGGCAACUCUGCCGUCGAGCCCUAUGUUGCUGCCCACAACAUGAUUCUUAGCCAUGGAGCUGCCGUUAAAGUAUUCAAGGACAAGUACCAGGCUAUUCAACUGGGACAAAUUGGAAUUACGAUUGUAAGCCAUUGGUUUGUACCAAAAUUUAAUACAACUGCUGACCGCAUUGCUGUUUCCAGAGCUUUAGAUUUCAUGUUUGGAUGGUUUGCACAUCCGAUUACAUUUGGUGAUUACCCCGAUAGCAUGAGAUCUUUGGUUGGAAAUCGACUGCCCAAAUUUACCAAAGAACAGUCUGCAAUGCUAAAAGGAUCCCUCGAUUUUCUUGGCUUAAACUACUAUACAGCAAAUUAUGCAGAAAGCAUUCCUUUGAAAGCUACCGGGGCUAACCGUAGUUAUACUGACGAUAGGCGAGUCAGUCAAACUACUGAGAAAAAUGGAGUUCCCAUCGGCACACCGACUGACUUGAACUGGCUUUACGUCUACCCGAGGGGAAUACAAGAUGUUCUGCUGUACAUCAAAGAUAAUUACAAAAAUCCACCAGUUCUUAUCACUGAAAAUGGAAUUGCUGAAAAUGCGUCGCGACCGAUUGCCUUUGCCCUCAAGGAUAGUUGGAGAAUAAGAUACCACAGUGCCCACCUAUCAUAUCUUUUGAAAGCUAUCCAGAAGGGGGCUAAUGUGAAGGCAUAUUAUAUAUGGUCAUUUUUGGACGACUUCGAAUGGGAUGCUGGCUACACUGUUCGCUUCGGUGUGACUUAUGUUGAUUUCAAGAAUAAUUUGAAACGAUAUCUGAAACGUUCAGCUAGAUGGUUCCAGCUCUUGCUUAGAAAGUAAAACUUUAAUUAAUUGGCUGUCUAGAUCAUGUGUGUGAGUGAGCAACAUGGGGAGAUCAGAAUAAUCAACCGUGAAUUCGUUCCAUUCAAUAAGGUUUUCUGUAUUGUAUUCCGUCAAGAAAUUAAAAAUAAAUUCUUGUUUUUUUGUAUGCAGAAUCAAAU